GAUCCAGCAACAUCCAAAGCCCAAACCCUCUCCCACACAGUGAGACUAAAAAAAAACAGCCAGAGAAGCGGCGGUCUCGUCCACCACCACCACCACCACCGGUGAGCGAUGUUGGUGGCGGGGAAGGCGAAGGCGAGCGGCGGCAAGCGGGGCGGGGCCAAGGACCCCGACGAGGCACCCCGGUCCGAUAAGAGGCGGCGCGACAUGGACGACUCCGACCCCGAGCUCGAGCUCGACAGUGACUUCAAGCAGAUCGUGACGAUGCUGCGCCACAUCAAGGACAAGGCUCACAAGGACGGCCAGAAGAAGACGGCCAUCUCCAGCGUUGCAACAGAGAUUCAAUCUAUGGUACAGAACACCAAGGCAAAGUUUGAGAAGGAAAGGCAGACUGUUCUUAAAGCUCUAAUGAAGGCUUCCAAAGAGUGUGAAGGUUCAUUGAAGACCGAGUACACCAAGUUUCAAGCCACUCAUGACAAGUUCUGCAUAGACAAAGCUCCACACACACAGAAUUUCAAAGAUCUUUUCUCAAAGUUUGAGGUUGAAAAGGAGAAACUGAUAGUUCAAUAUGAACAGCAAAAUUCGUUGCUCUUACUCAACUACUAAGAAGGAGAAGACCUCUCUUUCUGAUGUUGAGAAAAGAGUUUCAGAGAAGCUAGCAGAUGCAGAAGAAUCAAGUUGAAGCAGGGCGACAAAUCCAUCAGCAAGCUUCACAAGUCCUUUGCCUCGUUCCUGGGCCCCGACGAGGAGGAGGACUGCUACGUCUCUUGCCAGAUGGCCUGUCUUUCAGAUCGAUGUGGAUAGUGGUGUGGUUUUGAAGAAGAGAGAUGAUGCACAGCACAGGGGAAAGAUAGAGUAGGUUCUGUAGGAUUUGCUAGCUUCUUAACCCGCACGGCUCAUAUGGUUUUGGUGUUGUACGGUUGUGGUGUCUGUCUUUCAGAUUCGACAUGGAUAGUGGUAUAUGGUUCUGAAGAACAGAGAUGACGCACAACAUAGGGGAAAUAGAGUAGGUUCCAUAGGAUUUUGAUAUCUUCACUCGCACGGUUCAUGUGAUUUUGGUUUUGGUUU